GUUUUGUCUGGACGAGCAGGGCCACAAGGCCUUGGACCGGGACCAGGGCUUCUUCUCCGGCUGCAGUCUCGUCUGAUUCGCUUCUCCCUGAGACCCAGACCACCUGCUCCAAGGAACCUUGUCCCGUCCCCUUCGCCUUAAGCCCCGCCCCCUCGCCGGCCGUGCUGUCUGAACCAGGAAGUGUCCCGGACGGAGAGGCCCUCCUCAACUCUGACCUGCCCAGGAUCAAGAGACGAUCCUGGGAUACAGGUCUCGCCACCCACCCCCAUAAGAGGCUGGCCAAGUCGGAGAGCAGUGAGUCCCUGGGCUCUGUGUGCAGUGGCAGCAGUGGAACUGAUACCCACCCAGCUGUGAGAGGCUUGAGACUGCAGAAAACCAGGUCUCAGUCCUCCUCCUCCUCUGUCUCAGCCCUAAGAAUGGGCCCCCGGGGGCAAGAGAAGCACCACCCUGACCCCCAAAACAGCCACAGAGCCCCCCAGGCCCAGGGACAGGCAGAGGACAAGGCCAGCAAGGAGUCUCGCUCCCAGAAACAUGCCCGGAUGCUAGAAGAGGUUGUGGCGAAGACGCUGAAGCAUCAUGGGAUCACCGGAGAACACGAGAAUCUUGCCGCCUGCAGUCAAAGACUGUUUGAAAUCUCCAAAUUCUAUCUGAAGGAUCUGAAGACGUCCAGGGGCCUUCAUGAGGAAAUGAUGAAAGCAGCCAGCAGCAAUGCCAAGCAGGUCAUCGACUGGGUUACGGAGCGGGCCUCUAAGUGA